AUGUCUCUUACAGGUGAUGAUGCGGUGCCUCAGGCCCCCCUCGUCGGCGGCGUGGCGAUGAGUCCCGAGCAGGCGAGUGCCCUCACCGGUGGAAAGCUCGGUGGGAAGGCCGUUGGUCCGGCGCACGGCAAGGGGAAAGGUAAAGGAAAAGGCAAGCGAGGAGGUAAAACUGGCGGUAAAGCCGGCCGGCGCGACAAGAUGACCCGCGCAGCCCGCGCUGACCUCAACUUCCCCGUCGGUCGCAUUCACUCGCGUUUAAAGGACGGACUGAACCGCAAGCAGCGCUGUGGUGCGAGUGCCGCAAUUUACUGUGCUGCGCUGCUUGAGUACUUGACGUCGGAGGUAAUUGAGCUCGCUGGAGCUGCAGCUAAGGCGCAGAAAACGGAGCGCAUCAAACCGCGGCAUCUCCUGCUGGCUAUUCGUGGUGACGAGGAGCUGAACCAGAUAGUUAACGCCACAAUUGCCCGGGGAGGUGUGGUGCCAUUUGUGCACAAGAGCCUGGAAAAGAAAAUCAUCAAGAAAUCGAAGAGGGGCUCGUAG